UCAGGCUGUAUGCGGCUCAACCAUCCGAUUAUGUCACAGGCAAUGCUCGUAAUUAUCAACAAAGCCCCUAUGUGACGAUGAUGAGCACCGUCGCCUCUAUUGCCGCAACCGAAAAGGCCGCCGUACGCCGGCCGGAUGUGCCAGAUUGGGAGGCGGCGGCGGCGGCCAGUGAUGCGGUUAGUGAGGAAAAGCCUGCCAACCCCCGCAAGAGAAAAAAGAGCUCCCGGGCUUGUGAUUUUUGUCACGUCAACCACCAGCCAUGUGACAACGCAAAGCCACGAUGCGGCUAUUGUGAGAAGCACGGAAAGCAGUGCCUCUACCUACGACCCCAGAAGAAGAGAGGUCCAGCGCAGGGAUAUCGUAAUGCCCUACACAGCAUGCGGGAGAGUGCAGCAGCUUGGGGCGUGGCCUUGAGCCUGAUACCCGAGCUGGAUACCAUGGUGGAGGCGGCAAUAGCCCAAAGCGACCAGGACGGCCAAGCCAUCUCUGUAUCGGUCAAAGACCCCGACCAGCAAGAUGCCUUGAUCGCCUCGUGGCAGCAGAGUCGGGCAUUCAGAGCAUUCUUUGGCGACGAGGCGGCUGUGAGCGCAACGACCGGGGCUGCAGUAUCAGAGAAAGAGGAAGGCUCGCCAAAGGGGAACGAAAGACCUGUUGCGGCUCAGGGUACUCAUUCUGAGCGGUCACAGCCACCAGCUCCCCUGCCGGGGGCAGAAUGGCAGCCGGCCAAGAAGGAAUCACCACGGCCGAAACAUAGUAGCUUUCUCACGUCGCCUCCACUACAUGACGGUAGCCUCACAGGAAUCGGAAUCCAAAAUAUUUUUGACGGCAUGGAUCACAGUUUGGGCCUGUCAUUUUCAGUCUCUGACUUGGUGGUUAAGGACGCAGAAAGAUCCUCUGAUAGAUUCUCUCAAACACUUGGAUCGCUCGGUUUCGCGCCGGGUGAAACUCUGGAAGAUUUUGUUGCCAUGUCCUCCAACCCCGAGCCUAUUCAUGAAGGUCCAUCAGAAGAGGACCCUUCUCUAGGGAGUGAGAUGGACCAGAAAGCAUACUAUGAACUACUCAUGGGAAAGAGCUUUUUUCCUUGAGCAUGCGUAUGCUCAACUGUAUCACGAAGUUCCUGCUUUCAGCAGGCGUUAGCUCUAACAGCGGUCCCCAAAACCGAGCCAUGACACCCGAAACCGUUGUUGUCCGGCACAUUCCACGUUGGAGACUACAGGUUCAACAAGGAUAAUGACUAGAACCGGGUCCAUUCAGUCCCAAACAUUCAAGUAGCCGCGGGCGGCUUGAAAAACCCGAGAACAGUUUUCUGCCUCUGAUAGGCAGUCACCAAAACAAGCGAGGGGCCUGCUUUCGAUGACAAGAUAAGAUUUUCGAGGCGAGUAAUGCCAUUGAAGGCCGUCCUCGGCACGCAUCGGUAAAUAAACAACCAUCAAGAGCCGGGUUCAUCCCAGAUUGCGACAGCGCAAAGCCCAGCACACGCCAAUGGGCCCUGACCUCUAUGAUGCAGCAGAAGCUUUUCUGGUGGCAUGCCUGGGUGUUAUGCGAGCUAUUGAUGGUAUCGCAAAGCAGGGUCAAGCAUCCAACGACACCGGCGUGGAAGAUACUAGUGGUGCCAGGGGCUUUGGCCUUUGCAACAGAAGGGUAAGGGGUGGAAAGUAUGUAAGGUAGAUCCGUCCGGACCUGUACUAGAGACGGACAAAUGAAGAAUAACACAAAAAAACUAGCUUGCAUGUGCCAAAAUUGGCUAGAAAGGCUGUAUAGAUUGUCGAAUUGACGCGAAAAGAAAAGACAUUAUUUGUCACUUUGGUUUUCUUUCGCACCCCCCCCCCUUAAUCUUCCAAUGGGAAUAUUGAUGAGCAGCUUGUCAAACCAGGUCUCCAAAGGGUUAGGGGAAACUAAAGCCAGCGGGUCGUUAAUUUCGUGGAAGGUGGGGUCCAAUUAACGCGUCCGGGCAAGUCGCGUAAGGUGCCUGACGUAAAGUAUUGC